UCUUUAUUGCAGGAUAUGAAUUCUCUGACAUCGUGGGUAGGUGUGACUGUCGGUCCCGAUGAUAAUUUAAUGUUGGUCGUGGAGGCUCCGUACCGGUUUCAACAAGGCGGAACUUGUUGGGUGUUCGGAAUAGGCCGAUACCACAAUGCCCAUAUGCAGACUCCAUGGUUUGUUCGGAAAUGUUAGCGUGUGCUUUGCUUCUUUUUAUGAUGGUGUAUCUUCUACUAUUCAACUUUUGGGAAGUGGUGGUAUCCCCAACCUUGAAGCAGCCAGAGAUUGUUUGGUAAAUCAUGGACUUCCAUUGGAGAGUGCUAUUCCCGGGCAGGAUCCACUGUAUGCCGUACGCGAUAUGAUUGUCCAUCACGCCCAACGAUACCCAACUUAUCAAGAGUUUGAGCAGCAUCUCUUCACUCUCAUGCUUGGUUCUCCUGUUGCGGCUGCAGUACUUUCAUUUCCUUCUUUGUUCGAAGGUCCAGAUCGUAAUGGUCUUCAUUACCCCACGCCUGCUGAGAGGCUCUUGGGUUUGGAUGCAUAUGUAUCUCACGUGAUGCUCGCUACCGGGAGAGGUUCCAUGCGCGAGAGAGGUCCCACACGAGAGCUUUUAGAGUUUCUUGAGUUCCAAGACAGCAUGCCAGGUAAUGGUGGUGUGAUCAAACUCCGACUGGGUCCCAAUGAGAGGACCGUUCUUAGGUUUGUGGAGCUGAUCGGUCCCUAUAUCAGACCUGAAGAUGAAGAAGAUGAAGAAGUAGAUGAACACUACUCUGAUUCUGACAUGGAGGAAUAGGAGUAGAGAGCUUCUUAUUGCUUAUUCUUAUGACUAUUGGGAUAUGGGUAAUGUCUGAAAAGGAGUUGAUACAAUCUUCUUGCUUGUUCUUAUUGAUGUUUGACAUUUUUAUCUUUUUGAACCGGUGUUAAUUUUCAAAUGGACAAAAGAUGAAUCUAAGUUAUUGAACAGCAGA